AUGUUGCGGCCACUGACACGCACCGCACCCUCUCUCCUCCGCCGUUCCCAGCCACAUUCUCUUCUCCGUCGCUUUCCAGCUCUUCUGCCACCGCCAUGCGCCGCACGAAGGUCCCUCCACGCCCUCCUGCCGGGUAGCACCCCCCGCAAGAUAUCCACCCCCGUUGCGCUCAACCUUCCCCUGAACGCGCGCACUUUCCACGCAACACGCAGGAACGAGUCUCUCCCAAUAAUCCCCCUGCUCGCGGGCAUUUUUAAAACCUCAGCCGCACUUCAGGUCGCCGGUACCAUAUCCCGCGUCGUGCUCACCUUCAUACCCGUCGUAUUUCUCAAGAAGAUGAAGUUCCACAGGGUCCUCUACCACCUCGAGAAGGUCGGCUCCGAAAACCAGGAUAAGAAGGACGAAGUCGUGCGCAGAAUCCGACACAGUACCACCCUCCUCAAGAUUCUGAUACUAACCCCCAUCCUGCUCUUCUGGGUCACCAUCAUGGCCAGCUUGGAACGAACACCCCUGACAGGGCGGUGGAGGCUGAUCUUGUUGUCACCCGAAGAGGAGGACGACAUCGCCAUGCAGCUCGCAGGCCCAGGAUGGUACCGGGCCGUCGGCGACAUCCUCUCGCAAAAUGGCCAGCCAAGGCCCUUGCCAGCGUCAGAUUGGCGCCUCUCCUGGGUGCGGAACACGCUGCGCCAGCUCGAGGCCGUCAUACCAGUCCUCCUGCAUGAGGAGGAGGCCGUCCCGGACUGGAUGGAGUGCGGCCCCGACGACAUCCCCCUGCCCCCGCCUGCGGAGUACCCCUUGCGCCCACGCCCUCGUGGGUCCGAGUAUUUCCGCUUGGUAGCAGAGCUGUCGUGCUCGCGCGCCGUGUCCCCUGCGCCGCACGCGAUCUCGGGCCCGCCGUACUCGCUAAUCGUCGUAGACGAGCCCGAGUCCUCGAACGCGUUCUCGUACGGCUUCGGGCCUGACGGGGCGGGCGGCGUCGUGGUGUUCUCCGGGUUCCUCGACGACGUCCUGUCGCGGAACCCGCCGGCCGCCCCUGCUGCAGUGCUGCCGCAGGAGAGGUCGUGGUGGGCGGCGCUGUUCGGGAGCCUCUUUGCGCUGAACUCGCCGCCGCCCGUGCACCCGGUCCCGACGGAGGAGCAGACGUCCGAGCUCGCGAUCUUGCUUGCGCACGAGCUCGCGCACCUGAUCCUCGCGCACCACAUCGAGACGCUCUCGUCGGGCUCGAUCAUCGUGCCCGGCGUGAUGUCCAUCGUGACGGACAUCGUCCGCACGCUGCUGUUCCCCGUCACCAUGCUCUUCGGGCCCUUCAUCAACGAUGCCAUGGCGGGCCUCGGCAAGCUCGGGUCGGGGGAAUUCACCAAGGUUUCCGAGUACUGCACCAGCCAGCAUCAGGAGAUCGAGGCGGACAUCGUCUCCGCAAGAUUACUCGCCCACGCCGGCUUCGACCCGCGGCACGCCGUGCGGUUCUGGGAGGACCGGCAGGAGACGCCAAAGAACGCGGAGUGCUCCCCCGCGAUGGCGGAGCGGUGGUACAUGCCGGACGACCCGGUCGACCCGGUGAUCCCGCGGCACUGGCGGGGCGCGACGCACCCCAUACAUACAGUGCGCGUGCAGCGCCUGAAACAAGAGCUUGCGCGGUGGGAGAAGGCGCGCGAGAAGGCACGGGCGGCGCGACGAACGACGCACCCGCAACCGCCAUCGCAACCGCAGGAUGAGGAGGGACAAGGUCAGCUAAUAUAG